AUGUGCUGCUUUCUUAGAGAUAUUCUCGCUAAAUCAAGCAGCAUAAGAAAAGCCGUUUUUUCCUAUUUCUCUCUUUUCUUUCUCUCUUUUGUUGCUCUCUCGCUCUCUUCUGUCUCUGCUCUCUCUCUUCUGUCUCUGCUCUCUCUCUUCACUCUCGCGCUCCUCUCUAUCUAUCUUCUCCACUCUCUCGCGCUCCUCUCGCUCCAUCUUCUCCACUCUCUCUCGCUCCAUCUUCUCCACUCUCUCUCGCUCCAUCUUCUCCACUCUCUCGCGCUCCAUCUUCUCCACUCUCUCGCGCUCCAUCUUCUCCACUCUCUCGCGCUCCAUCUUCUCCACUCUCUCACGCUCCAUCUUCUCCACUCUCUCUCUCUCUCGCUCCAUCUUCUCCUCUCUCUCUCUCGCUCCAUCUUCUCCACUCUCUCUCUCUCGCGCUCCAUCUUCUCCACUCUCUCUCUCUCGCGCUCCAUCUUCUCCACUCUCUCUCUCUCGCUCCAUCUUCUCCACUCUCUCUCUCUCGCGCUCCAUCUUUCCACUCUCUCUCUCUCGCUCCAUCUUCUCCCUCUCUCUCUCUCGCGCUCCUUCUUCUCCACUCUCUCUCUCUCGCGCCUUCUUCUCCACUCUCUCUCUCUCGCUCCAUCUUUUCUCUCUCUCCUUUCUUUGUAA